AUGUUAAAGAAACCGCGACGCCGACGCCGUGGCCGAUCCCCAUUACCGGCGAUGAGAUGGCCAUCAGCGCCCAUGACGGCACCACCGUUCCAUAAAAUCCCACCAUCCCCAUUGGCUUCUCCAGCUCCAAUCGCUCGUUUCGUCGACGAUGAGCCGAAUCCUAUCAAAAGUCUUUCCGUUGGAAGAAGAAUUGGGAAAACGAUUGGGAAAGCCGUAAGG